AUGUGUGUGUGUGUUCAUUACCACUUCAGCUAAAAGAAUUCAAAUAUGUUGUUCUGGUUUCUAUUUUCUGUUUUACUAUUGAGGGAAACUCUUGGAGCCGACAUUGGUGGAUCGAUAUCGACCGGAAAUUUAUUUCUAGGAACUGAGAAAGUUACUCGUGAUGAAGCAGAAAAACUUUGUAAGAUGCAGUCGAUGGAACUUGUGAGCAUUCAGAAUCCUGAGAAAAAUAAAGCCAUAUUUGAAUUGUUGCAAAAUAAUGAUUUCAAUGAUGCUGUUUGGACAUCGGGAAAUAAACAUUCCGAUGGAUCAUUCUGGACCUGGUCCAAUGGGAGUAAUAUUACAUUUUUCAACUGGUAUCCUGGAGAACCAAAUUCGGCAAGAGGAGAUGAAAGUUGUUUGGAAGUUUUCAAAAAAAAUAACGAUGUUUUUUGGAACGAUCAACCAUGUGGCGAUAAGCGUGCCUAUAUUUGCGAGAAAACACAAAAUGAAUGUGCUGAUACAAUACUGGAGGGUGUUAGCGUCGAUGAUAAAAUUUGUUACAUAAGCACAUCACCAGAUUCGAAUUUGCCAACCAAGAAGUUUUAUCUCAGUACACAGACGGCCACGUAUGCAGAAGCAAAGAAGCUUUGUUCGGAUAUGUUCAUGGAACUAGCAGAACUGAGAUGUGAAUAUGAAAAUGAUGAUUUAUAUAAACUCAUGAGUGAAAAAGGUACACAACCCUAUUGGAUUGGAGGAAAAAGAAAAGCAGGUGAACAAUGGAAAUGGUCGAAUGAUGAACCAAUAACGUAUUUCAACUGGAGAAAAGGAGAACCAAAUGGUGCAAAAAAUUCGACAUAUUGUCUUGAAGUUAUCAUUUCUGGAAAAAAAUUGGUAUGGAAUGAUAAUUAUUGUUCUAGUAAACGCCAUUUUGUUUGCGAAAAGAAAGAUCCUGUUGUGAAAAUUAAUGUGACAGGAAAAUUGAUCGUAGGACCAGAACAAGUCUGCAACGAAGAAGGAAAUAACUGUGAAGUGAUUAUGAAUAUACAAAAAUGAAGUCAGUAUAUGUUAGUCAGUAUUGUUAUUAAAAAAAUAGGUAUCAUAAAAUAAAUACGAUAGUGAA